UCGCCAUUGUGGCGAGCGGCGUUCGUAUGACGGUCGUACUGAUUCGCGAUACGCGUUUUUAUCGAUAACAAUAUAAAUAAUUGGUCUCUGAAUACCCAGUUAUGAAUAAAAGUAAUAAAAUAAUGGUACAGUUUCGUUUGUUUUGAGUUUCACGAACAGUGUAGUUAGCUAGCAACUAGUUUACCGAGUGAAGUGAAGCGAACUUUUUGACUAAACGUGAUUUGAAGUUUUAAAAGUGGAUCUAGAGUUACACCAACGCGCCAGCGGGCACUUGAUGAGUGCCGCUGGUGCAAUGUGCGACCGGUCGGGCUAUGGCAGCACGAUGGCCCACUUCCCCAUGGGCCACAUGUCGGCCAUGGGGGCCAUCGGCACCAUGGGGGCCAUAUCCGCGAUGAACGGACAGUCACACCAGAAGAAAUCACAGGAAGAACACAUAAAGAGGCCCAUGAACGCUUUCAUGGUAUGGUCCAGGCUGCAAAGGCGGAAAAUAGCACAGGAUAACCCUAAAAUGCAUAAUUCGGAGAUAUCUAAAAGAUUAGGUGCAGAAUGGAAACUCCUGACGGAAGACGAGAAGAGGCCCUUCAUCGACGAAGCUAAAAGGCUCCGCGCGAUGCACAUGAAGGAGCACCCGGACUACAAGUACCGGCCGCGAAGGAAACCCAAGACCCUGAGGAAGGAGGGCUACCCCUACUCGAUACCAUACCCCAGUGUGCCUAUGGACGCUUUGAGAGCUGGUAUGGCCGGCGGUGGCAUGACGCAGGCCAUGGGCGGCUACUACGGUGCCGCCUACGGGCCGCUCGGCGCCAGCAUGGCUGCUGCGGCGGCCGCGGCGGCGCAGCAGAACGCUAUAUCAGCGGCUCUACAGCCUAAUGCACAGAUGGGCUCUACAAUGGACAUGUCCAAGUACUCUAUCGAGGACAAAUACAGGAGCUACGGCAUGUACCCCGACCCCUCACGCGGCUACCUGGACUCCGCGACUCUAUCCAAAGCUUACAUGUACAUGGACCAACAACAGCAGAGGUCUUACCCGAUGGACAUUAGCAAAAUGUACUCCGAAGCAUCCGCGGCUAUGGUAGGGUUAAGUUCAACUGUAAACUCCGCGUCCAGUUUGUCCCCACGUUCCCCAGCAGAAUCCCCAGACACCCAAAAGACCCAAGACCGCGCAGAAGGCAGCUCCUCAUCCGGGUCAAACCCGUCCCCGUCCCUAUCCUAUUACCAGUCAUCCACGGGGCUAUUGAUGCCCCAAUAUCCAGGUCAAUAUCCCCAAAAUCCGCAAGGAGGACCGGAAUUUCGGAGGCCGUUAACAGUCAUAUUCUGACCUGAUGUUUAGUCGCAUUGAAUAUCUGAUUGUUUUGUUUUUUUUUUUUUGUUGUAAAUAAAUGGAAAAGCUGUAAUGUUGUUUUGAUUGUUGUACGCAGAGGUCGUGGCUUUCCAUUGGCUUGCUUGCAGAAAUUGUGAUUUAUGUUACAGGAAAUUAAAAAAUCUAGUUUAUUAGAAAAAGUUAAAUUACACUUGAAUUUUUUUUUAUAGAUUUGCAACUUUGUGCAGAAUAAUAUUUAGGAUUUUAAAAUUGUUCAAAUCUUCAGCAGUAGAUAAAAGCAACCGUUUAUUUAUAUCAAUAACUAUUUGUAAUAUUGCGUGGUUCACUCCUAAUUUUCCUUACAAAAUGUAAACAAGUCUACGAAUUGAAAAGUAAUAUGUUUGAAACAAUAGAAACUUCGAAGUAGUUAGAAUAAUACCUGAGUAUUUAGAAUUUUUUAUUAUUUCAUGAGUUUUUUCUAAAGAAUUGCCCUGUUUUGAUAAACUGGAAUUUUUAAUUUUCCUAUGACAUCUCGUGUUAAAUUUUUAUUGAAA